AGUGACAGAGAGGGAGGGAGUGAGUGACAGAGAGGGAAGGAGUGAGUGACAGGCAUUAAGAGUUAGGGACAGAGAGGACAGGACACUCUGGAGCAUCUCAAGCCCUCUGGCCGUGCAACUAUGAUGAGCUGGAGGCUGAGUAGCCGCUGAGAAGCGCAUCUCCAUGGCGGUGGCCGAACUCUACACCAAGUACAACAGGGUUUGGAUUCCUGACUCCGACAAUGUGUGGAAGUCAGCGGAGAUCACCAGCAACUAUAAGAAAGAAUCCGAAGUACUUAAUUUGGAGUUGGAAGACGGAACUGAAUUACAGUAUCCGGUUGAUCUGAUAAACACAUUACUGCCGCCUCUCCGGAACCCUGACAUCCUGGUGGGAGAAAAUGACCUCACGGCCCUCAGCUACCUGCACGAGCCCGCAGUCCUGCAUAAUCUCCGAGUUCGCUUCGUGGACUCCAAGCUCAUCUACACGUACUGCGGUAUCAUUCUUGUGGCCAUUAACCCGUACAAACAAGUGCCCAUCUACGGAGAUGCCAUCAUUCACGCCUACAGCGGGCAGAAUAUGGGCGACAUGGAUCCCCAUAUCUUUGCUGUGUCCGAAGAAGCUUACAAACAAAUGGCCAGGAACAAUAAGAACCAGUCUAUUAUUGUAAGCGGGGAGUCGGGAGCAGGAAAGACAGUAUCUGCCAGAUAUGCUAUGAGGUACUUUGCUACAGUGAGUAAAUCCAGCAGCAAAGCGUGUGUUGAAGAUAAAGUCCUGGCAUCAAACCCGAUAACCGAGGCGAUCGGAAAUGCUAAAACUACACGGAACGACAACAGCAGUCGGUUUGGUAAAUACACUGAGAUCAGCUUUGAUAACAGGUAUCGAAUCAUUGGUGCAAACAUGAGAACAUACCUGCUGGAGAAGUCCAGGGUGGUCUUUCAGGCUGAAAAUGAGAGAAAUUAUCACAUCUUCUACCAGCUUUGCGCCUCCGCAGAUCAGCCCAAGUUCAAGCACUUGAAAUUGGGUCCUGCAGAACAUUUUAGUUAUAUGAGAAUGGGUGGAAAUACCUCGAUUGACGGCGUUGAUGACAGAGCAGACAUGAUCGAAACCCAAAAAACAUUCUUGCUGCUUGGCUUGAAUGAAGACCUCCAGAUUGAUAUCUUCAAGGUAUUGGCAGCAAUUCUGCAUUUCGGCAAUGUAGAAAUCAGAGCUGUGAGUGAAGAGAAAUCUUCAGUCAAAGCUGGUGAUGCACAUCUGAAGGUAUUUUGUGAACUUCUCAGCAUAAAAACGGAAGAGAUAGCUCACGGGCUGUGCCACCGAAAAAUCUCCACUACCUCAGAUACCGUGAUCAAACCUAUGACGAAGGCUCAAGCUAUCAAUGCCAGGGAUGCUGUGUCAAAGCACAUCUACGCCCAUCUGUUCAACUGCAUUGUGGAGCGGAUUAACAGGGCUUUGCAGUUUGAUGGCAAACAAUAUACAUUUAUUGGUGUUCUGGACAUCUACGGGUUUGAAACCUUUGACAUGAACAGUUUUGAGCAGUUCUGUAUAAACUACGCCAAUGAAAAACUGCAACAGCAAUUUAACUUGCAUGUGUUUAAACUUGAACAAGACGAAUACAUGAAGGAGGAUAUCCCGUGGACGUUGAUAGAAUUCAACGACAAUCAGCCCUGCAUUGACUUGAUAGAAGCGAAGAUGGGCAUCCUGGAACUUCUUGAUGAGGAGUGCUUGCUGCCGCAAGGAACUGAGGAAAACUGGCUUCAGAAAUUGCACAAUAAUUUCCUCAAUAAAAACCCUCUGUUUGAGAAGCCCAGAAUGUUUAGGAAAGCUUUCAUCAUCCAGCACUUUGCUGACAAGGUGCAGUAUGAAAGUGAUGGAUUCCUCGAGAAGAACAGAGAUACAUUGUACGAUGAACUGAUUAAUGUACUGAAGAAAAGUAAGCUGAGUCUCCUCGCUGAUUUCUUUCAAGACGAUGAAUCAUCGGUUGGUAACCUGAAGCCGCACAUUAAGGUCAAGCCAGCCAGGCCCGGGUUCAAGUCUUUCAAAAAACAGCAUCGAACUAGUGUUGGGAGUAAGUUUCGUAAUUCCCUGCACCUGCUGAUGGAGACUCUCAAUGCCACAACACCUCACUACGUGCGUUGCAUUAAGCCGAACGAUUCCAAGCUUCCAUUCGAGUACGACUCCAAGAGAGUUGUUCAACAGCUGAGAGCCUGCGGCGUCUUGGAAACUAUUCGGAUCAGCGCCCAGAGCUAUCCGUCCAGGUGGACGUACUAUGAGUUUUUCAGCCGUUACAGGAUUCUGAUGACGCAGCAAGAUCUUGCGACAACUGAGAAAAAACAAAUCUGUAAACAGGUUUUGAAACGGUUAAUUCAGGACCCAAACCAGUAUCAGUUUGGCAAAACGAAGAUCUUCUUCCGAGCUGGCCAGGUGGCUUAUCUGGAGAAGCUGCGAGCAGACAAACUACGAGAGGCCUGCGUCACCAUACAGAAAAACCUGCGUUGCUGGAUCCACAGGAAGAGAUACCUUCAGCUGAGAGGAGCUGUUAUUCUUAUGCAGCAGUAUGUGCGUGGGAAAAGGGCUGUUCGCCAUGUGGUGAGUGCCACGGCCAUCAAGCACGCCUGGGCUGCUGUUGUCAUCCAGAAAAACUGCCGAAGGUUCUUGGUGCGUCGCCUGUACCACCUCAUUCUCUUGGCUACCGUUAUCAUCCAGUCACACGUCCGGGGCUGGUUAGCAAGAAAGCAGUUUAAGAAGAUGCUGCAAGAUCAGAAGGCAUUAAUAAUUCAAACGCACGUGCGUGCCUGGUUGGCAAGACGCAGGUACCAGAGCAUCCGCCGGUUUGUUUUGAACAUCCAGCUGUCCUACAGGGUGAAAAAUCUGCACAAGAAAUUGGAUGAGCAGACCAAAGAGAACACUGGUUUGCUGGAGCGUUUGACCCACCUGUCUACGAUUCACUCUGCCGAGGCAGGUAGAUUUACCAAACUCGAGGAAGAAUUUGGGAAAACGAUGGCGCAAAAGAAAGCAAUUGAGGAACAAGCAAAGAAAUCCAGGGAGAAAACCGAGCAGGAAGCUUUGCAGCUUAAAAAACAAACAGUGGUGUUGCAAGAGCAAAGCCGGAACCUGGAGCAGAAACUUGUGGAACAGACGAAAGACACGAAAGAGAAAAUCAAAGAACUUGCAGAACAGCACCUCGGGGAUAUAGAAAGAGAAGAGCGGCAAAAAAGAAAACUGGAGAAUCAGAUUCAGAUUCAGCAGGAAGACUACGAGAAGCGGAUCAAGGUGCUGGCUGACGAAAUAGCACGUCUGCACGACGAGAGGGCGAAGCUACAGGAGCAGAUCCAGGACGAGUACCUCGAAAAUGACACCUUACGGAAGGAGAUGGCACAGCUGGCCAACGAAAUGCUGAUCAUUCCAAAACUUAAAGGAGAAAUUACAACUCUGGAAACAAAAAAACAAGAUCUGGAAGUGAAUCUGCAACAACAAAGACGGGAAAUGAGAGAGAAAGUGGAGGAGGUGACGAAACAGCUCCUUGGAGGCCUAGAAGGAGAAGAGUUGCGGAAGAGGCUGACUUCUGAUGAUAUGGAGCAACUAAAUGAAGACGGGGAGCUCUGGUUGGCAUACGAAGGAUUGAAAGGCGCUACCAGGGUCCUGGAAGGUCACAUUCAGUCUCAGAAAGAGAGCUACGAGAAAGAGAUUGAGGACCAGAGCUUUAGAAUCGGACACCUCGGUGAGGAGAUCACUCGUCUGCAGCAGUUGUUCCAAGAGGAGAAUAACACCAACAAGAACGUACGGCAGGAGCUGAAUCGCCUGGCAAACGAAAACAUGGUUAUUCCAGAGCUCAAACUGCAAAUCUUAGAAGUGCAGAAACAAAAGCAAGAGGUUGAGAAGCAUUUACUUGGACAGGUUGUGGAUAUAAAAGAAAAAAUGGAAGAAGUUACUGAUCAAUUGCAAGGCAACCUUGAAGAAGAAGGAUCACAAAGAAGAUUGUUAGAGACCCAGAGAGAUAACACUGAAAAAGAAAAGAUGGAAUUGCUUUCUAAAAUCAGACAACUUCAAACUGAAAAUUGCCAACUAGCAAACCGGACAAAUAACAUUGCCAGAAUACAACAAGAAGCAUCUCAUUUAGCCAUUGAAAACUCGGAUCUUGAGGAACUGCUGGACCAGAAGGACAGGCAAAUCCGAAAGUUACAAGACCAGAUCAGAUCGUUGACCAAGACAAUCGAGAAAGCAAAUGGGAAUUUGAAUCAAGCCGUCCCUAAGGACUACCUCGGGAUGCUGGAGUGUAAAGCUGAAGAUGAGGAGAAGCUCGUCAAACAUCUAAUUUUGGACCUGAAACCACAAAGUGUGGUGGUCAAUAUGCUUCCAGGACUUCCAGCGCACAUCCUGUUCAUGUGUGUGCGACAUGCCGACCGCAUUAAUGAUGCAGACAGUCUGAAAUCCCUGAUGAACUCCGUGAUGAAUGGCAUUAAAGAGGUUACAAAGAUACACAAUGAGGAUUUUGAAUUCCUGUCAUUCUGGCUUUCCAAUAGUUGCCAUUUCCUUAAUUCCUUGAAGCAAUACAGCGGGGAGGAGGAGUUCAUGAAGCACAACAAUGACCAGCAGAAUAUGCAAUGCCUAGAGAACUUUGAUUUGUCAGAGUACAGGCAGAUUAUGAGUGAUUUGUCCAUUUGCAUCUAUCAACAAUUGAUCGAAGUCAUGGAGAAGGAACUUCAGCCAAUGAUAGUGCCCGGGAUGUUGGUACACGAAAGUCUCCAGGGCAUGUCCUCCAUGAAGCCGACUGGUCUUCGUAAACGAUCCUCAAGCUUUUUAGAAGAAAUGGAUGUGUACACCAUCUCCUCCAUUUUGCAACAGCUGAGCUAUUACUUUACCACCAUGUGCCAGCACGGCAUGGACAUGGAGCUGGUCAAACAGGUGGUUAAACAAUUAUUCUUCCUGAUCGGAGCUGUUACCAUCAACAACCUCUUCCUGCGAAAGGACAUGUGCUCCUGUAGAAAGGGGAUGCAAAUAAGAUGUAAUAUCAGUUACCUGGAAGAGUGGCUGAAGGAUAAGAAUAUGCAGAGUAGCAAUGCAAAGGAAACCUUGGAGCCGCUCUCUCAGGCUGCCUGGUUACUUCAGGUCAAUAAGACAACGGACGAUGAUGUUAAAGAAAUAUGUGAAAAAUGUUCAUUCCUCUCGGCUGUACAGAUUAUCAAGAUCUUGAACUCUUACACACCGAUCGAUGAUUUUGAGAAACGUUUGGCUCCAUCGUUUGUACGCAAAGUUCAGUCACAGCUGCAGACUCGUGAAGGUAACCAAGCAUUAAUAGUGGACAUCAAGUAUCAUUUUCAAGUGACUUUUCCAUUCAGUCCGUCUCCGCAGGCACUGGAAACGAUUCAAAUUCCUAACAGCUUCAAGCUAAGUUUCCUCACCAGGAUCUAAGGCAUUCUUGAAUGAAGACGAGAGUUAUUUUGGAAAUUGGCGGCUUAAGACUUAAUUUGUUGUUGUUAAGACUGUGAUGAGUGGUCUGGACUGUACAGAAACGGGCAAAUUGCGCUGAACAGGAUUUCUUAUUACUCUUUUAACUGAGCGUCAAACAAAUCUGAAUUUGAUUACAUGACAUGUUCUAUUGUCUGUGACAGUAGAAAUGUGUAAAUAAUGCAAUGUGUUUGUUUGUUAUAUAAGGAAUUGAAAAACAACCAUUUGGGGUUGGCUGUCAUUUACUACUUUUACAGUAUUUAAUUCUUUGAAAUAUUCCGUCAACAUUUUGAAGCAGUUAUAGAGUUUACUUGGAGAAGAAGACUUAAAACUUAGCUUAAUGGCAGAAUGGUGCUUUAACAUAGAGAUGGCAAAACAUUGUGCUGCCGGCAAAACUGUAGGUUGAGGUUGAAAAAAAUGUUUUGGGCUUUAAAAGUACUUAAAUGGAUCGUUUUUUUAAAAAAGUUUACAGAACUUAAUGUUAGUUAUCUGUAUUAGUGCACACAAUGAAAAAAAAUCACAUUUAGAACCAAACCCAAUUAAUGUCUAUAUUUAUCGCUAAUUUGUUUCCCUUUGUACAAAGCAUAUUUUACCUUUUCGUUGUUUACAAAAGCAAAAUAAAUAUAUAUAUAUUACAACUAACUAUGCCUUUCUUUUCUGCCUUGUUGUAAAAUGACAGGGGUUUUAAUAAAUAAUAAAUAAUAAUAAUAAUCCUUA